AUGCGCAGAACUGUCGGAACAAUUCCCAAGACGCUGGAUAUGCAAUUGGAGGAGGGAAAUUACUACGAGGCACUUCAGCUGUAUAAGAGUCUGCAGUCGAGGUAUGAAACUGCUGAAAAGUACAAGGAAUCGGACGAACUGCUCUUUCACGGAAUUGAGAACAUGAACAAACAUAAUCAAGUGGAUUCUUUCCUUUUUGCACUAUCUCUGCGUACGAUCUGGCUGUGCUGUAUUUCAAUUCCUUGA